AUGAACCUAAGACAUCAGUUGCAUCAAAGAACUUACGAUUUACUACAUCAAACGAUAUAUAAAUGCAGGAUAAUCGUUACGUUGUUGAUUCAGACACACGCCUGUCUCCACCAACUCACACCACUUGCAAUGUCAUCUAUUGUUGUUUCUGAAGUCCCACCUAGUGUCACUACUGGUCAACUUAGACGCUUGUUUCAAUAUGCCGGCACCAUCUCCAGUAUAAUUCCUUUGAAAAGAGAACCAAUGCAGGAUCUCCGUCAGUACGAAAUUAUAUACAUGUCACCACAAGCAGUGUCAAAAGCUUUGUUAUUGGAUGACGUAGAGCUAGAACAUGGCAGCUUCCUUCAUGUCCGCAAGUACCAAGAACGUCCUAUGGAAAUGAAUGGGUUUGCUAGUCAUCACAAUGGCCAGCCCACAAUGCAACAGUUGCGUAAAGAGGAUAUCGAGUUUACCUUGGGAUACGCAUAUGGACAAGUUUUCAACCUGAGUAAUGGCGCAGGUGAGGAGUCUGUACCUACUGCUGAUAUAAGUCAGGAGUAUAAGCCAAAGACGGUCAUACUUGCAGAGAUGAUUGCCGGUGGGUAUGACCUUGCAGAUGAUAUAAUCGAUCGUGGGGCCAGGUUCGACAAGAGGUAUGGGGUGCCCUCCCAGUUUCAAAAUUUCAUUGAUUCAUUGAACAACUACAAUUUGAAAGGUGAACACAAGAGAGCUUUUGAAAAUGACCAGUUGAAAAAAUACUUUGAUGGGGUUGCAGAUGCAGGUGCAAAUGAUUCUCCGUUCGAUGCCAGGGUUAGCUCUUUUUACAAGACUCUUGAUAACAACGAUGUCAGCGACAUUCGUAGUGAAGCAAUGAAGCUAGCCCAGUAUAAUGAGCAAAACACAGGAAGAGGUAUAAUGAGUAAUUGA